AUGCGUGCUGCUUCAAGAAUUUGUCAAAUUGCUAAAGUAUUAGCCAAACCAUCAAUUUCAAAACAAUUCUCCCAGACAAGACAAUUAUUUAACACAAUGAAACUUCUCACAGUUCAACCAGAACUUACAGCUGCUUUGAAAACAGAAAUUGAAGCUGAGAUGAAACUUGAAGCUGAAAAUCUUAGAGGUGCUUCACCACCAACUAUUCCAGGAUUUACCUUAUCAACUAAUGAUGCUGAAGUAAGACUUACAAAAAUGCAUGGAUCAGAAAAAAUUGAUGUUAUAUUCAAUGUUAAUCACUCCGUCGAAAUGGGAGAUGAAUCCUCUGAAUCUGCUGAUCCUGUUGCUUUACCACCAUUUACAAUUGAAAUUACCAAGGGAGACCAACGUUUUUGCUUCCAUAUGGAACUCGUUGAAACUGAAAAUGGUUCAUUUGAUUUUUCUGUUGAGGAAUACUAUGUUGCUCCUGCAGCCAAAGCAAAUAAUGAAGAUGUACCAGAAAGUGUCUAUGCUUCAUCUGGAAGAUAUAUUGAUCCAAAAUUACACGAUCUUUUAUUUAUUAGAUACUUGGAGGAGAGAGGAUUCGAUCAACAAUUUUGCCUCGACUUGGUUCAAUUUGCCACGCAUUAUGAACACAAUAGAUAUGUUGAUUUGUUAAAGAGAAUUGACAACUUUGUUAGUAAACCAUAA